GGCCAGGGGUGUGCGGUGGGGUGGUGGUUGUGGCGGCGGCGGCAGCGUGGGGUCGUGUGCUGCUCCCCCGGCAGCUCCGGGUCACCUUUCCCUCAGCACCGGUUCCUCUUUUCCUUCCGUAGGUGCCUGUGGGCGGUUUGAAGUUUUUACCGCUGUUUCCUACCCGCGCUCCCGAUGUGGCUGUAACCGCCCGGCAUUGAGGGGGAGGAGGCAAGAGCGCAGGGCGGGGAAGGGGGAGGACGGCCUGGAGCCGUGCGCUCGUCUUUACCGAAAGCUCCGGUUCCUGCGGCCCCCUCACGGGGAAGGGGCGGGCGGGAAGGGGAGAAGCGUGAACUGAGGCUGCAGCUGUUUUACUGCGUGCGGCUCCUGCGCGGUGCGUGCCCCGCCGGCACCCGCGCUCGCCCUGGGGCGGCUUCUGUCUCUGUUCCUUGGACUCUGGGCGUGGGGAGCGAGGGAAGGAAGAAGCCUGAGGCCGUUCCGGGACCCACAAGCCCCUCACACCAGUGGAAGGGAGGAGGGAAGAGUGAAGCAACCUUUUCCCCCCACCCCCCUCCCUGUUAAGGCGUUUCGGUACUGCAGCAAGCUGGCCUGCAGAACCAGAGAAUAAAAAUGGGAACUCCUGGAUCAGGGCGGAAGAGAACUCCGGUGAAAGACAGGUUUUCUGCUGAAGAUGAAGCUCUGAGUAACAUUGCCAGAGAGGCAGAAGCCAGGCUUGCAGCCAAGCGGGCAGCCCGGGCAGAAGCAAGAGAUAUACGAAUGCGAGAGCUGGAGCGACAGCAAAAAGAGUUUUCUCAGCAUUCAUAUGAUAGAAAAUGGGCUCAUAUCCAGAAAUGGAUGGAAGAUUCAGAGAGGGCCAGGUAUUCUCACCGGUCCAGUCGGCAUUCAUACUUGAGUCAUGCUUACAGUGAAUCUCACAGUUCAAAGAAGAAAGCUGGUUAUUCACAUAAAGAUUUAUUGAGUGGAAAUUACUAUGAUCAAAGAAAUUAUAGCAGCCUUAGAUAUAGUAAACCACUUCCUUCCUACCAUACUCGGUCAUCUUCUCUAUACAGUGAUCCAGCAGCAACAACUAGGAGUUACAGGGUGUCUCCUUCUGUAAACACUGGUUUGAUAAAAAGUAUCAGUUCGGCAUCCUUGUAUGGUGAUGGAUUACAUAGCUCAUAUAGUUCUCGCACUCCAUCUGAAUACAGCUUUUCUUCAAGACAAAGCUCAGUUCGAAGUAGCCCUGUGUCCUCUGAUUUUUCUGAUCUAAGUGAAACUGCUGCCGACUAUUUCAGUCGUUCCAACCACAGGGGAAGCAUUGUUUCCGAUGCAGAUGAUGUCCAAGGUUUGAAUAGUUUGGAAGAAAAGAGUGAAAAAUCACAUUCAGAAAUAUUUUCAAGGCCAUCAUCUCGCAAUUCAGUAAGUGCAACUCCUCUGAGCGGCAACUCAUCUAGGAGAGGAAGCGGAGACACAGGCAGUUUGGUGGAUCCUGAUGCCUCCCUCAUUGAACUCCGGGAUAUCUAUGAUCUUAAGGACCAGAUACACGAUGUAGAAGGGAGAUACAUGCAGGGACUUAAAGAACUAAAGGAUUCCCUAGCUGAAGUUGAAGAGAAGUACAAGAAAGCCAUGGUUUCCAAUGCUCAGCUAGACAACGAGAAAAACAACUUGGUUUACCAAGUGGAUACUCUAAAAGAUGUCAUUGAGGAGAAAGAAGAACAGAUAGCAGAGUUCUAUAGAGAAAAUGAAGAGAAGUCAAAGGAAUUGGAGAGACAGAAACACACGUGCAGCAUUCUACAGCAUAAGCUGGAUGAACUUAAGGAGGGCCUUCGACAAAGAGAUGAAUUAAUAGAGGAGAAUCAACGCAUGCAGCAGAAUAUAGACUCCAUAACCAAGGAGGUGUUUGAUCUCCAAGAGACAAUUAAUUGGAAAGAUAAAAAAAUAGGGGCCCUAGAAAGACAGAAAGAUUACUUUGACUGCAUUAAGAGUGAGCGAGAUGAGCUCAGAGAGGAGUUGGCUGACCUGAAGGAAACAAUGAAGAGAGGAGAGAAACAUGGAUUAGUUAUAAUUCCAGAUGGCACACCAAAUGGUGAUGUAAAUCAUGAAUCAGCAGUUGGUGCAAUAACAGUGGUAUCACAGGAAGCUGCACAAGUCUUGGAAUCUGCAGGAGAAGGACCACUAGAUGUCCGGCUACGAAAACUGGCUGGAGAAAAGGAAGAAUUAUUGUCCCAGGUCAGAAAGCUGAAGAUGCAGUUGGAAGAAGAACGCCAGAAAUAUUCCCAAAGUGAUGGCUUGAAUCCAGAUAUCAUAGGCUUAGAGAAUGGUUCUGACUUACAGCUAAUUGAAAUGCAGAGAGAUGCCAACAGACAAAUUAGUGAAUAUAAAUUUAAGCUUUCAAAAGCUGAGCAAGAUAUAACUACCUUGGAACAAAAUGUUGGGCGACUUGAGGGGCAGGUUGCAAGGUAUAAAAAUGCAGCAGAAAAUGCAGAAAAAGUAGAAGAUGAACUCAAAGCUGAAAAGAGGAAGCUUCAGCGAGAGUUAAGGACGGCACUGGAUAAGAUAGAAGAGAUGGAGAUGACCAAUAGCCACUUAAUGAAAAGGCUGGAGAAGAUGAAGGCAAAUAGGACUGCACUUUUAUCUCAACAGUGAAGUGGGAACUGAAAAUACAAUGCACUGCUCCUUGAAUAACUAGCCUCUAGCUUGUUUUUAAAUACAGACUUUCAUUGGCACAAACUGUUUGAAUACUGAGCUGUUCAUUGGUGGUUUAGUUUCAUAAUUAAGUGGCAGGUUUCUUUUUACAAACUUGAGAGAAUGAAAUGUAGUUUGAAUUCCCCUGCGAAUGACAGCAAUUUUUCUGUAGCGUUUGAUUCAAGUCAGAGCUGGAGCACAAUGCUGUAUAUUCAACUUAGUGAUAGAAAAAUGUUUUUACAACUGAGGAAUCAAGUUUACUCAUGAUCUCUUGGCUGCUUUAAUGAUGCUUGAUGCUCAGAGACAACUGCAUGAAUUCAAGAAGACACUGUAUGACUGUAUUAUAAACUAACAUAGAUUUGCUCGAGACAUCACACAGCACAAGUGCCUUUUAUCUGGUGCAAUUUAGAUUUCCUUGUUGAAAUAACCUUUGGAAUGAGAACAUUUUAUUUUAAGAUACAUUUGAGGUAUUUGCUAAACUUUAUACAUUUUGCAGAAACAGUUUUGUAAAAUAUUUAAAUUUAUAAGAAAAAAUAGGGACUGUAUAUAUAAAAAUCUGCUUCUUUUUGCAUGGGCACAUCUGAGUUCUAGGUUAUUUUGUCAAAUAUUAGCCCCUGAUACUCUUAGUGAUAAGAGUGCAAUUUUCAGCCUUCUCUUGUACACCAUCAAGCUCUGUCAUCUGCUGCUUUAGUGUGAAAUGAAAUUUUAGGGUGGGAGGAAGGGGUGGGAAAUGUGGCUAAGGAGUUUAUUAAAUUGACACUUU